AUGGCGACUCAAGGCGCGUCCAGAAGUCCUAUAGUAGACGAGAGUUUGCGACUGGUCAAUACACUAGACAAGAGUCGAAGCCCAUAUGUUCGCGGACACAUGCACAAUCCUGUAGCAUGGCAGAUGUGGACUCCAGAAACACUAGCGCUAGCAAAGCAGACAAACCGCCUACUAUUCGUGAGCAUUGGAUAUGCGGCAUGUCAUUGGUGCCAUGUAAUGGAGCGCGAGUCCUUUGAGAAUCAGGAGGUUGCCAACAUCCUAAAUAGCUCGUUCAUACCUGUCAAGAUCGAUCGCGAAGAGAGACCCGACAUCGACCGCAUAUAUAUGAAUUAUGUUCAAGCUACGCAAGGAUCAGGCGGAUGGCCCUUGAAUGUCUUUAUUACACCGAAUCUUGAACCCAUCUUUGGCGGCACAUACUUUCCUGGUCCAGGUUCAGCAUCCCCUACCACUGGAAACGUCGGAUUCCUAGACAUUCUUGAGAAGAUUGGUGACAUAUGGCGCAAUCAGCAGCAGCGCUGUCUAGAUUCGGCAAAAGAAAUUACAGCCCAGCUCAAAGCAUUUGCAGAGGAAGGAACCGUAAGUAGGACUGGAGGACCUGAUGAUGCAGCUGAUGGUCUGGAUCUUGAGCUGCUGGAUGACUCCUAUGAACACUACAAGAAGAAAUAUGACCAAAUCCAUGCUGGGUUCGGUGGAGCACCGAAGUUCCCCACGCCUGUCAAUCUUUCCUUCCUCCUUCGACUCGGCCAGUUUCCACAGGCCGUGGAAGACGUCGUUGGUCCUGAAGACGUAAAGAAGGCACAAGAGAUGGUCAUUCGGACCAUAAAGAACAUGACUCGAGGCGGAAUUCACGACCAGGUGGGAAAUGGAUUUGCGCGAUACUCCGUAACACGAGACUGGAGCCUGCCACAUUUCGAGAAGAUGCUGUACGACCAAGCUCAACUCCUGCCCGUAUAUCUUGACGCUUAUAUCUUGACUGAAGACCCCGAGCUCCUUAGUACUGUAAUAGACAUUGCAACCUAUCUCACUACUCAACCAAUGCAUUCAACUACUGGAGGUUUUUUUUCUGCAGAAGAUGCAGAUUCCUUCUAUAGACCAACAGACAAGGAAAAGCGAGAAGGUGCUUUCUAUGUUUGGUCCCUCAAGGAAUUUCGAGAUAUUCUCGGAGGCCGCGACGGCGAUAUUUGUGCUCGUUACUACAACGUUCAGGCAGAUGGCAAUGUGAGCCCCGAGCAUGAUGCUCACGAUGAGCUCCUCAGCCAGAACGUCUUAGCAAUUUCGUGCAGCCCGGAAACGCUGUCCAAGGAAUUCGGCCUCUCCGUUGAAGACAUCAUCCAGACCAUCAACACUGGCCGUGACAAACUACUCGCCCAUCGAAACGCCGAACGCCCUCGUCCGGCCCUCGACGACAAGAUCGUAGUCGCUUGGAAUGGUCUCGCCAUCGGCGCACUCGCUCGGACCGGCGCCGUUCUUCAACCUCUCGAUGCCACCAAAGCAUCCACAUAUCUAACCGCAGCAACAUCCGCCGCCGCCUUCAUUAAAAAAGAACUCUUCGACCCGUCCACCAGCACCAUGAAGCGCGUGUACCGUGAAGGACCCGGCGACGCUCCCGCAUUCGCUGACGACUACGCCUUUCUCAUCUCCGGCCUACUCGAUCUAUACGAAUCAACUUUUGACGACAGCCAUCUCGCAUGGGCGGAUGUGCUGCAGCGCACGCAGUUGGAUCACUUUUGGGACGACAAGAGCUUCGGAUUCUACUCCACAGCCGCAAGUGCAACGGACUUGUUACUACGGCUCAAGGACGGGCUGGACAACGCGGAGCCGUCCACGAAUGGCGUCAGCGCAACGAAUCUGUAUCGUUUGUCGUCGCUGCUGAAUUCAGACAGGUAUGCAACACUGGCGAGGCAGACGUGCGAGGCAUUUGAGGCAGAGAUCAUGCAGCAUCCGUUCUUGUUCUCGAGUAUGAUGCCGAGCAUUGUGGCGGGCAAACUGGGCGUGCGGAGCGUGGUUGUGUGCGGAGAGGGUGCGGAUGUAGAUGACGUGGUGGCGAAGUGGAGGAAUCGCGUCGGUGGCAUUGGCAGUCUUGUGCGGUUGACAAAGGACAAGGGUCAGUGGUUGAGGGGGCAGAACGAGCUGCUCAAGCAUAUGGAUCCGGAGAAGAAGAGAGUUAUGGUGUGCGAAGCGGGUGCGUGUAGGGAGGAUCUGGAUCUUGGAGAUCUAGAAAGAGUCGUGCGGGAUUUGAGGUGA